GACAUAAAAGGAGGAAGGAAAAGGAGGAUAGGAGGAAAAGGACAAGACAAGGGGACCCAGAUUAAGAGGGAAGAUGGCUGAGCCGGAGCUGAAAUCACGGAGCAGCCGGGAGAGCGUUGCCAAGGCGGCGAGCCAGGAGAAGAUGGGGGCAGCUGAAGCAGACCCAGACCAAGACGGUCUGAUUGUAGAGCAGCCAGCAUCUCCAACUACCCCCAUGGUGUCUGAUCCCACUGCCACAAGCCCUACUGCCGGCUCACCAGCCAAAGGGGAGAAGAUCGUGCUCAAACGCAGCAUCACCCUCUUCAACGGUGUGGGAAUGAUCAUCGGCACCAUCAUCGGCUCAGGCAUUUUCGUCACUCCAACAGGCGUGAUCAAAGAGACCGGCUCCGCUGGGCUGUCCCUGAUCGUCUGGUCUGCCUGUGGAGUGAUCUCUACCAUGGGGGCCCUUUGCUACGCUGAGCUGGGCACAACCAUCACCAAGUCCGGGGGAGACUACACUUACAUCCUGGAGGUGUAUGGUGAACUGGCGGCUUUUCUAAAGCUGUGGGUGGAGAUGUUGAUCAUCCGGCCUUCAUCGCAGUAUGUGGUGUCGCUGGUGUUUGCUACCUACCUCCUGAAACCUCUCUACCCAAACUGCACCGUGCCUGACAGUGCAGCCAAGCUCAUUGCCUGCUUGUGUCUUACCUCCCUGACAUUUGUAAACUGCAUCAGUGUGAGAGCAGCCACCAAGGUGCAGGACCUGUUCACUGCCUCCAAACUGCUAGCCCUGAUCAUCAUCAUCCUCUUUGGGUUCAUCCAGAUUGGCACAGGCGAUGUGCCGUACCUGAUGCCAGACAAGGCAUUUGAAGGCAGCAAACUGGGAGUGGACAACAUUGUGUUGGCUCUGUACAGUGGUCUCUUUGCUUUUGGAGGCUGGAAUUAUCUGAAUUACGUGACUGAGGAGAUGAUCAAUCCAGAGAGGAACCUGCCCUUGUCCAUCAUCAUAUCCAUGCCUAUAGUGACGAUAGUGUACGUUCUGACCAACCUGGCCUACUUCACCACCAUCUCUCCCGAAGUCAUGGUCGACUCUGAGGCUGUUGCUGUGAGUUUUGGGGAGUAUCAUCUCGGUGUGAUGUCCUGGCUGAUUCCUGUCUUUGUGGGACUGUCCUGCUUUGGAGCCGUCAACGGAUCACUGUUUACCUCAGCACGGUUGUUCUAUGCUGGAGCUCGAGAGGGUCAGCUCCCUGCUGCUCUGGGUUUGGUUCACACAGACCUCUUUACUCCAGUUCCGUCCCUCAUCUUCACAUGUUUGCUAUCUAUGAUGUACGCCAUCUCUCAGGAUAUCUUCUCAGUCAUCAAUCUCUUCAGCUUCUUCACCUGGCUGUGUGUUGGUAUGGCCAUUGCUGGCUUGGUCUGGCUGCGCAUUACCAAGCCCGACCUCAGAAGACCUAUUAAGGUGUAUCUGUUCAUCCCUAUAACUUUCGUUUUGGGUUGUGUCUUCAUGAUCAUCGUGUCCUUCUGGGCAGCUCCGUUUGAGUGCCUGAUAGGUAGCGGCAUUAUUCUCACAGGCAUCCCAGCGUACCUACUGGGCUACAAGUGGAAGAAACCCCAUGUGGUCAAGAAGAUGCUAGAAAUCUUCACCAUGUUCUGUCAGAAGAUCUUCAUGUCUGUUCCUGAGGAGAGGGAGCAACAUGAGGCGGCUGAGUGACGCUGGACAGACUCAUCCAGAUGAAGGACUGUCAAUAUUCUCGUCUCAACAUUCUUGAUAUGUUUACAUUCAUUCACUUGUGAUUUGGCGAAAUUAUUUCUUUUUUGUUCUUUUGUUUAACUGGCCAUCUCGGUAAAGAAGGGUUUAUGUAUGCACUUAUGUACAAAGUAUGAAGGGAUAUUUUGUGAACAAUAUAAAAUGUUUAAAAUCAGGGUUUGAGAUUUCCAACGGCUUUAAAUCCAAAUUUGACAAAUACAUCUCCUUUAAUGCUUGUUAAUGGAGAGUCAUGCUCUGAUCUUGAGUAAUUAAAUGAUUAAUUGUGUGCUGCCGACACAGCAUUAGAAGCUGCACAGAAUAUACUCUAGUGGCCUGAAACACACACGUUUUUUGUUCACCAAGUGUACAAAUUAGUAUCUUAGAGAGACAAGAAGACUAACAACCAAACCUAUUAAUAUUUUAUAAUAGUUUACACUUUUAUAGACUAUGAAAGCUGAUGACCUGUGAGCUAAAAUUGAGGACUUUCAGCUACAGUUAGAGAUGUAUGGACCAAUUUAAAGUAAAAGGCCUCGCCUUAGAAACCAUCUGACAGUGUACAGUGUAUAGGAAAGGUCAAAGUCGGAAGAGGCACUGGUUAACUAGCAUAACACUGAUUACUUUAUACUCAUGCGUUACUAAUAUUUGUGUUAAAUAACAGCUGAUCUUAAUAUUUGUAUUUUUUGUUAAAUGAAUCCACAGCACAAUCUAAGAAGCACAAGCUAAAGUGUGAUAAAACAGUGUGUAAUGUUUCCUGAAGAUGUGUUGCUGUGAAGCAGGUCUGUUUCUUUUGUCAUUGUUUUCUCACUCAGACCAUUUCAGAGUCAAUGCUCCAUACGUGGUGAUAUUUGAUUAAAUGGCAGCAGAUACCAGCAGCUGUUUAUGAGGCUUUAUCAUAAGACACUGAAGACCUGCGUAGAUGUCCUUCUGGUUGUAUUUAGAAAACCCCAUUGUAGUGUUUUGUAUUGCUUGUAUCUAUUAUCUGUGCCUGCCAUGUCAGUGCUGAUAUUCAAGUUUUUGUUUUGUUUUAUUGUCACUAUAAGACCAGACUGAAUGUUGCAAAUUUAAUGACAUCAGCUUUUUAUUUUAUUUUAUUUUAUUUUUUACCUAUAAAAUCUUACUUUUAAACUGAAUACCUGAGGUUUUCCCACAGUUAUUGUAAGCACAUUCCCUGUCCUACUCAAGAGCAUAGCGGGGGGAAAAAUCUCAGAGGGAAAUGAAGGAGGGUGGAGGUUCUGUUGGUUGGGAAAUAGGUUUGUAUAGACCUUUCUCCACAGUUCUGAAAGGCCUGGCUGCACCCAAAACCAUUCUGGGAUGAGGGAAAAACACUCCUGCUUGUUUAUGUUUCUUUAAACCAAUCAAAACCAUCUGGGGCGUUGCUAAACCCAGGAUGCAAAAUAGAUAGCGGAGAUAGCUGAAGGCUAGGAGAAUAGCGUCUGGUGGCCAAUGGCAGGCUUAUCAACAGUCCCAUUGGGGUCUAACAGAAAGACAGUCACCCUUACCAGGAGACGGAAAAAUCCACUGCAAAUGCAUAUGGUAAAAUUGAAUAAUAAUCCAGACAGAAACAGAAAUAUUAGUGCCACUCUUUUAACAUAAAUUGAGCCAAAGCUUUCAGACUAUUUCAUAAUAGCAGACAGCAGAAUGAGGAAAAAGGCCUCCAGCAUGUUAAUUCUCUUUUGAGAUACACAGGCGCUCUUUAACCAUUAUCAACCAUCGUUUAUGGAAACUGGCCAGUAGUCAAUUAACGUUUAAAAAUAUCACAAUGGAAAUAAUGUAGAGGGAGAGGAAAGCAUAUCUUUGAUUACCAAAUCGUGUCAACGCCUGAAACUAUCUCUGUUCACAACAGAUAUUAAGAGAAAAGAAGUUGAUAUGAGUACAUAGGUUUCUAACAUAAUGCUUCUUUUCCACCUAUUCAUCUUCACCAAAUGUAUCAAGCCACAGCCUUCUGACCCGACCCCCAGGCCGUCAGCCCACCUCCCUCUGAUCAGAAGCACAACAAUAAACAGAACAAUGGUGGAAGAAAUAAUUCCGUAUGUGCCCUUUACUUAAUAAAUCUGACCAAAUUAAAGCAGAUGGUGUCUAAAAACACACAUUCUAUCAUUAAUUGCCACUAGAAAGAGAACUUUUCUGCAGACCCUAUCAUGUAUUUCAUGUUCUGCACAACAUGUUGUAUCUCUGUACAAAGUGUUUCUGCGUGUAUACAUUUAUGAGGCCUUUAAUGGUAUUAUUUGCCUAAUGUAAAUGUUAUGGAGAAAAAAAACUCUAAUAGCAUAUUUUUAAUCUUUUAAGUACCUAGUAUGUCAAUUCUUGUAACUGUUGUAUGUCAGUGACCAUGGCGGGUACCUGUAACAAUAAACUUAUUUUUGUUCAAA